UUGAAGAUAUGAAAAUUCUGGAAUAUGAGUUCGGUCCUCCAUCCGACUUGAACCCGUACCCGCAAUGAUAACCCGAAACAUCACAGUCUUUUGUCUUAUUAAUAAACCGGAUACUUCUAAGGAGCCAUCGAUUAUUCGAUAGGGACGCCGACAAACAUAAGUAGAAAGUAGAAGACUAUUAGAAAGAGAGAGAAAGAAAAUGGCUAUGCGAUCUACCUUGGCAAGAGCAACAGCACUGUCUCGCGCGAUGGACACCACACGGCCCUCAACUCGCUACUUCAGUGAUGGCAAAGGAAAGGUUUUGAGCGAGGAGGAAAGAGCUGCUGAGAAUGUUUACAUCCAGAGAAUGGAGAGGGAGAAGAUGGAGAAACUGAAGAAGAAAGCUGAAAAGGAAAAAGCCCAGAAAGAGAAAGAGAAUGCUGAAAACAAAACUGAUGGGACCCAGUGAGGCUGAACUUGGCUAUCUAUACUAGCUAGCUGAUGAACUCUUGGUCUUGGAAGUUGGAACAUCAUGAAGAAUAAAACUGUACAUGGUUUUAAGUUUUAACUCUGAGGCUUGUUUAAGACUGGUUGUUGUAUAGUAUGUUCUUGUCUUACCGUAACAAACAACCGUUGUUCAAUCAUCUAUGGAGUCUUUUAUCCAGUUAGAUGGACUGAAGUGGUAAUAAAAUCUCCUUUGGUUUCUUGCUUUGCUUUUUCAA